UCUGUAUGUCAGAGUAAGUCGCACGAUAUGGAUGGGCUGUCAUGUCCGCUUUAUCUUUUGGAACCAGGAAAUGAUCUCACAUCGUGGGCGAGAGAAGGGCGACGAUGUGACGCUGUGUCGAGGUAAAUCCUACACUGAAUCACGUCACUGCUAUCAGCGAACUCAACUGUCUUAAGAGAUUACAAAAUCGGGUCAUCUGGCGUGACGUCAUAUGGCAACAGUGUGGGACAUAUUGCACAGACCGAGACUAUAGUUAUCAGAUGGAGGCGAAUAGGAACACACUAGCCCAUGUGAAUGUGACAAGGACGAUCCAAAACGAUCCAUGAUACACUGUCAAGGUCACGAUGAAGUUAAGAAGCUUGCUGAAGAAAAUGACAUGCGCACUGAUUUUGUUUUCAAGCGGCUUCCCGCUUCUGUGGGUGAUGCAAGUACUUCCAGAGUCUCACGUGACCAUCCGCAGGGACAACCCAUGGAAUCUGUCCGACAGUAUCAAUGAAACCCUGGAAGACCCCUCUCCGUCAAGGACUACACAUAUACUGACCAGUAUAAGUCCCGUGCAGGCUACCAGAAGUACCACCACCGACCCCUGCAGAGAUAGAUACGUCACAGCGUCCCCUCAACUGGACAUUAAACCAAGGAUUAUUGUGCUGGCAGGAGUUGGUCGCCUUGGUAACAAGAUGUUCCAAUAUGCUGCUUUAUUGGGUUUAGCCCAUAGACAUGGCUUCACGCCGUAUGUGUUCCAGAACGAGAACCUGGCGCAAACAUUCGAUCUGUCGCACAUAUCGCCCACCCAAUACUCAAACCUGCCUGUGUAUUUUGAAAAGGCAGCUGCUACCUAUGACGAAUGUCUGGAGACAAUGAGGACUGACUGGAGCUGGCGGCUGGGAGGAUACUACCAGUCAUGGCGAUACUUCACAGACAUCGGAGAUAUCGUCAGAAAGGAGUUCACUUUCAAGGAGAACAUUCGCAUACCUGUCAGAAACUAUUUUGCUCAACUCGAGGCUAAAGGUAAAGGUCGCCCAAAGGUCGGAGUUCACAUCCGGCGCGGUGACAUGGGAGUUCCUUCAACAAUCAAACAGGGCUACACCCUUGCCCCUGCAGAAUAUUUCCAUAAAGCAAUGGCGUAUUUCAGAAACAGGUUAAAAGACCCGUUGUUUAUAGUGUGUUCCGAUGAUAUUAACUGGAGUAGGACUCAUUUGGGCAGCGAGUCGGACGUGGUGUUUGCUCACGCCAAUCAAAACGUCGACUUGGCAACCCUGAGUAGUUGCAAUCACAGCAUUAUAUCUACGGGGACAUACGGGUGGUGGGGGGCGUGGCUCGCGGGAGGGGAGACAAUCUAUUACAAAAAUUUCCCGAAAAAUGGCUCGUGGUUGGCUAGUCAGUAUGUAGCAGCAGAUUACUUACCUCCAUCGUGGAUCGGGAUGGUGUGAGUGAGUGAGUGAGUGAGUGAGUGAGUGAAUGGUUGAAUGAGGUGGCUGUUGAAUGAGUGAGUGGUUGAGUGACUGGAUUAGUGAGUGAGUGAGUGGUAGAGUGAGUGAGUGUUUGGAUCAGUGAGUGACCGAGUGGUAGAGUGGGUGAGUGAUUGGUAGAGUGAGUGACCAAGUGGUAGGGUGAGUGAGUGGUAGAGUGGGUGAGUGAGUGGUAGAGUGGGUGAGUGAGUUGUAGAGUGAGUGAGUGAAUAUGGGUGGGUGUUGAUGAUGCCAGUCACUGCAUUGUCUGGUCAAGCCCAGUUAUUUAUCAAACCGCAGUCUUACAGCCAGGAUAUUGCUGGCGUGAAACAACCAUCAAACAUGAACGCUACAAUGCAACCCAAUCUAUGCAACAGAUAGUGAACCUAUCUGAUGUGGUGGAAAGCUGUCCACAUUAUGAACCAGACCUUGUCACAAGGGUCAUCCUGCUCUUCCCUAGUCUGACGAAUGUUGGCAAUGCAUUCAUGUGUUCCGGUACAACAGUACCGUUGAAUAACAUUCAAAAAUUGCAAUCCAAAAUCUGGAGAUUAUUAUCUGAGUGAGUUUUCAUAAUUAUCAUCUACAGGAAACAAAAACGCAUUUUACGAGCGUCUGUUCCUAAUAUGUGAAAGUGCCCAUACCUAUAUAUUCGAGGGGAAUAAUUUGUGAUCAGUACCUGUCCAACAAAGACUCCUAGCCAGUGAUAUGGGAAGCUCCUAAAGCGUCUGUACAUGUAUUGUGAUAAAUGUUCUUUACAGUGAGCCAGUGUCAAUUCACAAAUCCCAUGACGCUGGAUUAUGUCUAUCUCGAUAUCAACUCCAUGAGAGGUAUACGACAUCUCGCCAUGCCGGAUGUACCUGAAAUACCUUUCUAUCAGGAUUUCGGCGCCAGUAUAAGCGUUAUAACGUCUUUGAGGCAUUUUAGAAGUUGUAAAGAUGGAGGAAAACCAAGUUCCAUGGAUAUUCGGCUUCUUUAUUGCAAUGACGGUACUAAUACCGUUAUCAAGCAAGUGAUGGUAUUAGUACCUGCACCGACUUGGUUUUCUUAUAAAGCGUUAUGUACAAUAAGAGACAAAACCUUUUCCAGUUUGGGGACACAUCUCUGCUAAAAUCAGAUGCUGUUGUACCAUUCCGACCAAAUCAAGACAGCAUGGCCAUGAAUCACUAUGAAAUAGUGGUGAUACCAGAUGUUGGUGAAAACGUCAUGCCCCACCGGUGGUAAACGACACAAACACAUGCAAAACCAAGUCAAUUGUCAAUUAUUACAAAGAUUACCAGAUCCGAUUUCAUAUUUGAUCUUUGUGGUAACUUGAUAUUUUAAGAUUGCUAUAUAUCAUAUUUGUUUUCCAUCCCCAAGCACAUUCAAGGUCGGAAGGCAAAUUGACAAACUGCAACUAACUAAAAGAAUACCAUUUGCCAUAUUUAAUUGGAUCAGGUAGAUAUUGCAUAUAAUCACACUUUCUUUAUCAUCACACCUUCAGUACCAGUUACAGGGGAUAUGAAUUAUUUUAUCUUAAUCAGAAAGAGAUUACACAUCUUGAAUGGUUCAAGAGAAAUUAUACAGAGUAUGAACAUUAUGUAAUAUUUCUUGAUUCACAUCUAAAACAUGCAAUACGUGUACGUAAUUGUGAAUAAACAUGCUGUCAACGUUA